GCAGGCGCAAGUGUCAUCCUGAACUCGCGCAGCAGCGGGUACUUCAGCGUCACUCACGGACUCGGUUUAUUUUAUUAAAUCGUUAAAACGGGCGCCAGUUUAACGGGGAACACAGUGGACCGGUCCGCGAGCACAGCGGGAGAACGGGCGCGCGACGUUACGGAGCGCGCGAGGCAAACCUCGGUUUGUGAAGGCGGAAGUGGAGAGUCAGGUGAUGAAGAGGAGUCGGGUGCUUCCACUUCUGGUGGGCGGAGUCUUCUGUGUGGCCGUGGUGUCGUUCUACCGUAUGUUGGAAAUGAUGCAGGGGGCGGAGCUACAACACAGCGGGGCGCCACCUGCUGGACACCUGGACGAAAGUGUGUUUCAGGACUUGUCCCGCCUCCAACUGAAGAUUGACAGGUUGGAACAUCUUCUCACCGAAAACAACCGCCUGGUGGCGACGCUGCGUAACUCUCUUCUCCAACACAAAGCAUCAUGGGAAACAAGGGGAAGAGGAGGAUCCAACAGCAGUGCAGACCCCGCCCACAACCAGGGCGACCCGCUCCCAGGCUGCCGAUUGGCUGACGAGAUGAAGGGUGGAGCCGAGGGUGUGAAGCUUCUGGAUGUUUACGACCUUUUACCCUUCGAUAACCCCGACGGCGGCGCCUGGAAACAGGGCUUUGAGAUCCGUUACCAAGGCAACGAGUGGAACGAGCAGCCGCUGGAAGUCUUCGUGGUUCCUCACUCACAUAAUGACCCGGGUUGGCUGAAGACCUUUGACCUUUACUAUGAGGAUCAGACCAGACACAUCCUGAACAACAUGGUUCUGAAACUGAGCGACGACAGCAGGAGGAAGAUGAUCUGGGCAGAGGUCAGUUAUUUCUCUAAAUGGUGGAAUGACAUCGACGAGCAGAAGAGGGCGCUGGUCAAACGGCUGCUGGAGGCGGGGCAGUUGGAGCUGGUGACGGGCGGCUGGGUCAUGGCGGACGAGGCCAACUCGCACUACUUCGCUCUGUUGGAUCAGCUGAUCGAAGGACACCAGUGGAUACAGCGCCACCUGGGUGUGAAGCCGAGCAGCGGCUGGGCCAUCGACCCUUUUGGCCACUCCCCUUCCAUGACCUACCUGUUGAAGGGGGCGGGGCUUCAGAACAUGGUCAUCCAGCGCGUUCACUACGCCAUCAAGAAGCACUUCGCUCGCCAACAGACACUGGAGUUUCUAUGGCGACAGAACUGGGACUCCUCGUCCCGCAGUGACAUCACGUGUCACAUGAUGCCGUUCUACAGCUACGACGUGCCGCACACGUGUGGUCCGAACCCGUCGGUGUGCUGUCAGUUCGACUUCCACCGCCUGCCGGGGGGGCGGGUCUUCUGCCCCUGGAGGAUCUCGCCACAGCCAAUCACAAAAGAGAACGUAGAGGAGCGAGCUCUUCUCCUAUUGGACCAGUACCGUCAGAAGUCCCGCCUCUUCCGAACGUCUGUCCUUCUCGUUCCCCUCGGUGACGACUUCCGAUUCGUCGACUCCAGCGAAUGGGACGCUCAGUUCAGUAACUACCAGAAACUGUUCGACUACUUCGAGCAGCAUCUGGAGCUCCAUGUCAAGGCUCGCUUCGGGACGUUGGCAGAUUACUUUGCGGCGCAGCAGAGGCAGCUGCGUUCGACUGGAGCGAAUUUACCCACGGUUAGCGGCGACUUCUUUACGUACGCCGACCGCGACGACCACUACUGGAGCGGAUACUACACGUCCAGACCGUUCUACAAACGCCUGGACCGCACGCUGGAGGCCACGCUCAGAGCGACAGAAAUCCUCUUCAGCCUUACGUUGGCUGAGAUGCGCCGUUUCCGUGGUGAUGGACGGCUAGUUGACGACUUCCCAGCUAAGGAACACUUCGGGCGUCUUACAGUGGGGAGGCGGAGCCUAGGGCUGUUCCAGCAUCAUGAUGCCGUCACUGGCACCGCCCGUGACCCCGUGGUGAUCGACUACGGCACCAGGUUGUUUCAUUCCAUCCUGAACCUGCGUCAAGUGAUGCAGAGCUCCGCCCACUGGCUGCUUCUAUUGGACAAGAAUCGGUACCACCAUGAUGACUCCAAACCCUUCCUCCUAAUGGAUGAUGUCAUAGCGGCACAUGAUGCUCUGCCUCAGAAAAUGCCGCUCAGACUCAGCGAUGAGCCCAGGUCACUGAUCGUCUUUAACCCGACUGAGCAGCGCCGCUCUUCGGUCGUCAAUCUUGUUGUCGACUCUCCUGACGCUCGGGUUAUUGAGGCGGAAUCAGGUCGACCAAUGGUGGCGCAGAUCUCAGCAGUGUGGGUGGAGCCGAGCCGUGCGUCCCCAGAGACAUUUCAGCUGUCCUUCAUCACUGAACUUCCUCCUCUGGCGCUCAUCGUGUAUCAUGUGACCAGAGCGCCUACCGGCUCCACCCCCCGGGCUCGGUACGUCUUCCUUCGUGGCGGCGAGGCGCCGACCGUCCAGACCAAACACUUUAGCGUGUCCCGCCCCCAGGGCCCCGAGGCCAACGCCCCCCUGUCACUUAGCAACAAGCACAUCCAAAUAUGGAGCUCUGGCCACACUGGGCUACUGCAGAAGCUCCGCCUCCAGUCCGGUCUGGUUCGUCAGGUGCAGGUCCAGUUCUUGUGGUACGGAACCAGAACCAGAGGGGACAAAAGUGGUGCAUACCUGUUCCUGCCGGGAGAGGACGGACCACAGCUCUACUCGUCCUCAGAACCUCCUCUGGUCCGGGUCACCUCAGGUCCAGUUUUCUCUGACAUCACUUCCUGUUUCCGACACUUCAAGCACACGGUCCGCCUGUAUCACCUGGAUGGGCAUGCUGGGAGGUCUCUGGAGAUUUCCAACACUGUGGACAUCAGGUCGGAGGUCAACCACGAGCUGGUCAUGCGUCUGGUCACCGACGUCUCCAGCGGCAACCGUUUCUACAGUGACCUGAACAGCUUCCAGAUGCAGCAGCGUCGGACCCUGUCCAAACUCCCCCUGCAGGCCAACUUCUACCCCAUGACCUCGGCCUCGUUCCUGCAGGACGACACGUCUCGACUGACUCUGCUGUCGGCUCAGAGUCAGGCCGUGGCGUCGCUGAGGACAGGGGAACUGGAGGUGGUGUUGGACCGGCGGCUGCAGCAGGACGAUAACCGCGGCCUGGGUCAGGGCGUCACCGACAACAAACUGACAGCCAGCCUCUACAACCUGCUGCUGGAGGACAGGAAGGGUGGAGCUCAGGAAGUGGGCGGAGCCGCAGUUGAACACCUCUCUCUGCUCGCUCACCUGGCCUCACUCUCUCUCUCUCACCCGCUCAUUAAUAUGGUCGCCCAUAGCGCUGGCCUGUUGCCAAAGCUCCGCCCCUUCCAGCCCGUUAGCUCCUCCCUGCCAUGUGACGUUCACCUGCUGAACCUGAGGACGCUGGAGGACGAACAGGAAGCAGGAAGUCCAUCACAGGAAGUGGCUCUGCUCCUCCACAGGAAGGGCUUCGACUGUAGCUCCGCCCCUGAGCCGCUCCCACAGUGCACGUGGAGCGUGCACGAGGAGGUGGACUCCGCAGACCUCCUGGCUCCCAUCAGGUUCCGGUCUCUCCGUCGUUCAGGUCUAACUUUGCUUCGCGGUGACGACGAGGACCUGGAAUCCGCUCGGCAACAGCAGCAGAGACGCAUCAUCAGCCUGCGUCCAAUGGAAAUCAGCGCCUUCAGGGCGGAGCUUGACUGAAGCAAAAAAAAAAGUGACCAAUCAGAGACGAGAUGAGCUGGAAAAAAUGAAUGUCGUACAUCACUGGUGUUAAAACUGUGAAUGAGGUCAAAGUUCAGCCAGGGGUGAACUCUGUACCCAAAGGUCAAAGGUCAAAGGAUCCAAAGCUGAUUUAUUUUAAAUGAAGUGUCGUCGAUCGAUCGCUGCUAUGGCAACACGAAGGGACCAAAACAAGUUGCUGUCAAUGUGUUGAACUGUAUGAGUGCGUUUCCAUGGUGACAGCCAAUGACAUGCCUCUGUUUGUGUGGGAUUGUGGGUAAUGUGGUGCGUGGACCUGCUGUUUCUCUUCACUGUGAAGUUAAAUGUUCUAUUUUUUAUGUAGAAAUGUCUUUAUUUUCUUCUUUUCUGAUAUAAUGUAAAAUGUUUUUGUAUCAGAACUAAAGGGG